ACCCGGUCCCUGAGGUUAGCCACCUGCCCGGGGAACUUGUGGUUGGUUGUUGCCCUCGGGUCGUUUCCGGGCGGGGACAGGAACCGGGCCAUGGAGGGUACUUCGGGGGCUCGCGAGUCCCGGCCCCGUCCGAGAGAGAGAGACCGGGAGCGGAGCUCGCACCCCGACCGAGACCGCCACGUCGAGCGGCCGCGGGACCGAGGUGGGGACAGGCCCAGGGAGAGGAGCGGUGACGGGAGAGGAGACGGGGACCGGAGGACGGACCGAGACCCGCGCCGGGACAGACACGCGGACGCGGGCCAUCGCGCGGCUGAACAGAGAGCCCGGGACAAGUCCGGCCAAAGCCGUGGGCGGCCCGAGCCCUGGGUGCCCAGCUGGGACUCAGCCCCGACCCCGGGGCCCGCACCGUGGGGGGCCCCGGAACCGCCGCGGAAGCAGGGCCUCGGGCGCCGCGGGCUGGAGAGCGAGCUUCCUCCGGAAAGAUACGCGCCCACACACUCGGGGCCCGCAUGGCAGGAAGAGGAAUAUUACCAGUCUGAAGCCAAGGGGCUCCUAGAGUGCCACAAAUGCAGAUACUUGUGCACGGGGAGAGGUGUGGUGCAGAUAGUGGAGAUGACCUUGAACGGCAUGGUUCUCAUGUGCGUCGUGGCCUCCUACUUUGUCCUGGCUGGAUUCAGCGCCAGCUUUGCCAGCGGCAGCGGCUUCGGGAAUAACUACUACUCACCUUUUGAGGGCAAGGAGCUGGAGCAGGUUCGGCAGCUGGACCAGCAGUACACGAUCCUGCGGUCGCCCCUGAUCUACGGCGGCUUGGCUGUCUCCCUGGGGCUGGGCGUUCUCACCAUGGGCGUUCUACUGCAGGGAGCCAAGAGUCUGAGGAAGCUGCCGGGGAGGUGGCUGCUGCUGGAGGCAGCCUUCAGCCUUCUGGCCGCGGUGGGCUACUGCAUCGGCAUCGGCUUUUACCUGCACACAGCGCUGCGCAUUAAUUCCAGCGACACUUGCAAAACCAGAGAGAGGCUCUACGCCCGCAGGGGUCUCACUUGGAUGAACUGCCAGCUGGCGGGCACUGACGGGGCAGCAGCCACCUUCGCCUGUCUUCUGGUGAUUUUGUACGCUGCCAGCGUGGUGCUGGCCCUGCGGUGCUACCGAGAACAGAAGCUCUCCAAAGACAGCCAGGAACAGCACAGAAACUACUGUGAUGUCCCUGAAUACGUGUGGUCUGAGACGCUCUAAGGAGACCCUCCCUUGGUCCUCCCCUGUACGCACAUGGGUAGACAACCAUGAUUUCCCAUGCUGCCCGAGGCACCUAAGCAGAGUUAAGUUGUAAAAGGAGAUCAGUAAAUCUGUUGGCCCUCCCCAUGAAAGCUUGGUGGUGGGGGGCCAUAGUUGUUGUGGCAAGCCUGGGUACAGCCUCAUGGCAGGGCUCUUGCCAUGUCGUAAGGCGAUAGUGUUAAGCAGGAGUCCAGCCAGAGAAAUUCUGAGAGCUGGAAACUCUCAGAAUUCUAAGCCUCAGAAAUCCUCCCUCACGCUGUAAACGGGAAAAGGCAUCUCAGGGCUCGAGCUUAGCUGGGCACUGGCUGCUCUUGCAGAGGACUCAGGUUCCCUUCCCAGCACCGAUGUGGCUCACAAUGGUGCACAACUCCAGCCGGGG